UCCUUCCUCACCCAAUUAACUUAACCUGAUCAAAAUAAUCUUCCGUGAACACUCUUAGGGAAAUGGUUGUGUGACCAACAGUGGAUAUUUAGGGAAGAGAUACCAGACAGAAUGGUGCCUCAGCUCUGAAUGAAAUGAGUCUGUUGUAGCAGAAGCCGGGCUGUAAAGUAAAACACACGAGCAAAUUGAAAAAUGCAACCCAUUCAUUCACUCAUGAAUGUUCCUGGAUAUAAAUGCUUGUAUGUAUAUUUUAAAAUUUGAUUGUUACUCAGGUAAGUUUGACCUAGACACUAAAAACUUUCAAGAAAGAAUAGUGAAAGCCAAAUGACUUCAUGAUUUGUCUGUAGUGAAAUUCAGAUCUCACCAGUCCUGAUCUUUAAAGGCUUUUAGCAAGGAAAACGAUCUUUAGGGCCAUGCAGUGUUUGCAACAGCAUCUCUCUGGUUGCUCUUCCUAAGAAGUGAGAUGUAGGUCAAGAUGAAGGUCAAGGGCUUCUCUGUCAACAGCAAGAUUCGCUGACCCCCUCGUACCAUACAGACACAUUUGCCAACUAUGCCUACUGUGGUUUGUGGUUGCCUGUGGGAGAACUGGAUUGAAAGUUGGGAUCAGCUGGACGCACUCAGUGAAUCACUGGGGAAUGUGAAGAGACCAUCAGGGGAAAGAGAUACAUUGGUCAUAGACAUCACUUCAUGGCCUUCUUGGAUGCGCUCACUUUUCCAAACUCCCUGGAGUCUGAUUCUAGAAGAAGGGUAAGAAGGUGACUCAAGGCUGAUAAGGCUGGUGCUAUUUGCUAAGGAGUCAGUGGAUUUUUCUCUCCGUAGCUUCUUAAAGAUGGUAUCCAUUUAACACCUAUAAGGCACAAACACAUUAAAUUUGGCAAAGAGAAAAACCAUUGUUAGGGUUGCCAGAAAAAAUAAGAGAAAAAUAGACAGAAGAAUUGGAAAGAGAGAGAGGAAUGGAAUUGAGAGAAAUCAUGAAUGAACUACUGCCACAUUGCCCGCGACGUCCCUCGGAGACAUCUGUGGCUCUGGCUACAGUGGAAAGAGUUCUGGACUCCAAAGAAAUGGAGUCCCAACUCAAGCAUGGCAGCUGGUCCACUGCGUGGCAUUCUGGGGCUUUCCACAAGGCAAUGAAACCGUGAGCACAGCCACCUGAAGGCCACCCACUGCCUGUUGGUAGCUUGUGGGCCGCAGCUCUCACCUUCUGCUCUAGAGCAAACAGUUCUGUUGGCCCUUCUCUGAGGGGCCACCUGAUCACUUCUCCUUUCUGAAACACGUUCCAGGUCAGUAUAGAUACCGUGAGACUUUCGAAUGGCUGGUGAUUGUGUUUCAGCAAUUGUUUUGCAUUUGUCUUUCUAGAUUGCUUUGACAACCUCCUGCCAAGUUCUCUCUCUCUCUCACGCAUACACACCCCUGCAGGCCUUCAUUUUAACAAUGUUCACGGGGUUUUCAGAGUUACUGGUUCUCGAAAGGAAAGUUUUAGGUGACACAUGAACCAGCAUUUAACCAGCGUUGUUUGUAUUUACUUAAAAAUGAGAGAUUACAAAGUAGAACUGGUAUAAUACAUGUUGGUAUGUAGCAAAAAGUAAGUUGAAUAUAAGUCGAGAAAAACAUUAAGUAAUUCAUACCAGAAACUCAGACAAAACGUAAAUCAUGAAGACUAUUUGUUAAUGCCUGGAGUUUGGGAAAUGUUUUUCCUACAUUUUAUAAAAGCCUUAACCAGGACCACUAUCAACUGUUGGUAUAAAACAACUUAGGGGUCGCCUGGGUGGCUCAGUCAGCUAAGUGUCUGACUCUUGGUUUCAGCUCAGGUCAUGAUCUCAGGGUUGUGCCCCACACUAUGCCAUGUGAUGCAAUACCUACUUGAAUUAGUCGCUCCCACUGAGGACCUAUGUGGUAGGGAUGGAAUGACAAGUAAUAUAAUAAACACAGUACAGAGUGUUAGAUGCUGUAGCUCGGGUGGGGACAAAGCCACCACAGAGCAUGGAGCAGGGAGUGAUUUCUUCCUUUUUUGGAGGUGGGUAAGGGAAGGGGUGUAUAUCAGAAUAUGGCUUCGUUUAACAGGUGGCACUUGGCUGAGUUCUGAAGGAUUCCUAGAAUUUGUCUAGGUGCACAAAAUGAAUCUCUAUGUGGAUAAAUUAAAACUGCAUAUCUUUUAAGCUCUUUCAAACUUGGAGACUAAAAAUUAAGCAAUAAUUAGAAUAUGGCAAAGUCUAGUAGCAAUUAAACCAGUUUAGAAUAUCAAGUCUCCAAACAAUUCCUAUUUGUGUUGAAACAUUGACCUACAGGGGAUGGUCAAGUUAAGAGCUAAGCUAGCCUCUUGGGGCUUUAUUGAACCAAAGCUGGCAGGGAAUUCCCCAGAAAUGAGAUGAGAAGAACUGAGAGCUAAGAGAGAACCCAGAAUUCUGUCUCUGCAAGACCCCUUUUCCCUUGAGAAGACACAGCAGGGAAGGAUUAACAGUGUCUGGAUGUGUGCUCCCCUCAGUGCUGGGGGGUUUCUCGGAGAGUCGGUCUCCAUGAUUCCUGAGAUUGUUGAGAAGAGGAUUCCACUGUGGCUUUGUUUAGCCGCAGGGAAGCAUGUGGUUGCCUGGCUCUCCAGGCAGAAGGUAAGGAGAGUAAAGGAAGACCAGGCUGAUUGAGUUGUUGUGUGGUCUAGAUCCUGGGGAAUGGACCAAUGAACGUUACUGACCUUGGGAUUCCCCAGUCCUGUGAGGGGAUUCCUGGGGUGGAAUUACAAAUGAGUUGGAACAUUUGUGCCAUCUCCUGGAGCAAAUGAAGUGACACUGUUUAUGCCAAAAAUUCUAACAACAAACAAAUCUUCAAAACAGACAGUCCCCUGCUGAGGGUGAGAGAAUAAGUCGGCCUCUCUCUUGAAGUGUGACCAAUUUCCUAGGUUGCCUGAGAGUGGUGAGGAAGAGUUAUCCAGCCUCCUUGUUGGAGGGGUACAUGCUUUGUUGGGAUACCCAAAUAAUAUAGUGUAAUCUCAGUUUCUGAGUUACAUACUCAGUGCCUAGUUGAUAGGAGAUGCUCGAUAAAUACUUGUUGAACAAGCAAAUGCACGAACAGUGCUGUUAAUUACACCCUAGGAGGGAAGAAGGUAGAGGAGUACGCCCAGGUUUCAUGGAAGAGGAAGGACUCUCUCCAUGAAUGUUCGCCAAGUCUUUGGAAGCAGCACUGCUACCACAGAAGAGACUCACCAAGGAAGAUGCAACAUUAUUGAGGGUUUUUAUUUCCUGGGUAAGGAGAGAGCUAGAAUUCCCUGAUUCAACCUUCAAGUAGCAAGGAAUUAUCCAUCAGCAAAGGCAGAAGAAAGCGGACAAUGAAAGAGAACUUUUAACUACAACCAAGCUCACAGGAUUGUCAUUUUUAUACCAUUAAGAGGACCCCAGAGGAGGAGCAAACUUGGGAGUGGAGAGUGGAGAGAUUUCUCAUUCACCAGUCAAUACCUUGGAUGAAGACACAAAAGGGGGCAGCACGGUGCCAUCAACAGGCCCAAUGCACUGAACACAUGGAGACUGCAAAUCAAACCGGGAUGAUUCACUUCCACUUCCGCCCCUUCUCCAAACUCCCUGGGGUGCAGGUGCUGAUUUUCGUGGCCUUCCUGAUCAUGUACCUGGUCAGCAUCAGCGGCAAUGUCUCCAUCUCUCUCAUCAUCUGGAUCAGCCGUUCCCUGCACACCCCCAUGUACUUUUUCUUGGCCAACUUGGCGGUCCUGGAGAUCUGCUACUCUUCCACCAUUGCCCCUCUGACUCUGGCCAGCGUGCUGUCCCCAGAGAGAGCCCUCGUCUCCCUGCCUGGCUGUGGUACCCAGAUGUUCUUCUUCAUCUUCCUGGGCAGCGCCGACUGCAUUCUACUAGCUGUCAUGGCCUAUGACAGGUUUGUGGCCAUUUGUCACCCUUUGCGUUACACCCUCGUGAUGAACUGGAAGUUGUGCGUCCGGCUGGUGCUGGGGUCUCUGGUGCUGGGGUUCAUCUUGGCCAUGCCGCUGACUGUGCUCAUCUUCCAGCUCCCCUUCUGUAGCAGCAAAGAAAUCAGCCUAUUCUAUUGUGAUGUACUCCCUGUCAUGAGACUGGCCUGUGCAGACACCUGGGUCCAUGAGGCCACUCUGUUUGUGGUCAGCGUCACGGUCCUCACCGUCCCCUUCCUGCUGAUCACUCUCUCCUAUGUCUUCAUCGGGGCCACCAUCCUGCAGAUCCGCUCGGCGGAGGGGAGGCACAAGGCCUUCUCCACCUGCUCCUCGCACCUGACUGUGGUCGUGCUGCAGUACGGAUGUGGGAGCCUCAUCUACCUGUGCCCCAGCUCCAGCUACUCUCCAGACAGGGGCCAGGGAGUGUCUGUGGUUUACACCUUCAUCACCCCUGUGCUGAACCCCUUGGUCUACAGCAUGAGAAACAGAGAGCUUAAGGAUGCUUUGACGAGAACAGCGAUCAGGUUCCUGUUUUCCUAAACACAGCGAACACUCUGGAUGUUCCUCUCUGACCCCGCUGGGGAGAAACAAAGGAGCGUGCUUCCUGAAGAAUGAGGAGGUGGGAGCUAAGAGGCCAUGGGAUUUACACUGUUACUUCUUCCUGGUUAUAUUAUUUUUGAAAAGUCAUUUUUCUUUUCUCAGCCUCGGAUUCUUCAUCUCUAAAAUGGGGAUGAAAAUGCCCACCAGACUUCAAUCUGGGGUAGUUUUGAGGCCCAAAGUGAAAAUACUUUGUGAUUUUAAAGGGAGAUGCGGCAGUGAAUGUGGUCCUUGCUUAUCCUCACCAUCACGUGUAGGGUCCGUGUCCAGUUCUCAGGCUCUUAGCGGGCUCACGUGUCGGCACAUGGGCAGAGCCAAGAAAAAAAUGCACAUUGAACCGGGACCAUUGCAACCACUCUCUGCUGAUUCCUGGGGUACAAAUGCUGAGCUUAGACCCUUUCAAAUUCUCUUUCAUCCUACACUCUUCUUCCUGGGAACGGUGAUAGGCAAAGCACUGGAGUUGUGGUUCCUUUUUCUUACCUUUAUACCGGGAGCUAAUCUGUCUCCAUCACAAUCUCUGACUCUAUUAGUUGUGAGUCUGCAUCUCACUCACUCUCCCCGUGCCCGUCGGGUCUCCUCCCCAUUGUGUCUUUUCUGUGUCAGAUACACAUGCACACACACACACACACACACACAGUCACUCACGUCUUGCAUUUCUCUCUGUCCCUAGCUGCUAAAGUCUGAAUAUUCGUGUCCCCCCCCCCCCCACCAGGUUCAUCUGUUGAAAUCCUAAUCCCCAACCGGACAGUAUCAGAAGGUGGGGCUUUGGGAGGGAAUUAGGUCACGAGGAUGGAGCCCUCAAGAACGGGGUUAGUGCCUUCAUAGAAGAGACCCCACAGAGCUCCCUGGCCCCUUCCACCAUGUGAGGCUACAAGAAGCCUGUGACCUGGAAGAGGUUCCUUACCCAACCCUUACCUCUGACUUCCAGCCUCCAGAAGGGUGAGGAAUAAAUUUCUGUUGUUUACAAAGCCGCCCAGUCUAUGGUACUUCGUAAGGGCAGCCCAGACGGACAAAGACACGACGUGUACAUAUGGAAAGAUUGCUUUUUUAAUUGAGCCUCUCUGGGUAGGAGAGGGGUAAUGUGGGUUCAAAUCUGGAUUCCGGUUGAGGAAAGCUCGUUCUGUGGAGAUAAACACUGGCUGGACACCAUGAGGGGAAAGGACUCGCAUGUGCUAUGAGCAGGGGGGUAAUGGUUUAGGGAUGGUCCCUGUCUCGGGGUCAUGCAUCAGAACAUAGUUUGCUGUCUUUUCAUAGGGUGAGGGAAGCUCGUUUAUUCCUCUACCCGUUGAUUAGUGAGUGAUGUGUUGGGGUGCUGGGGGGCUCCGUCAGUGGAGUGCACACCUCCUGAUCUCAGGUUGUGAGUGCGAGCCCCACACUGGGUGUGGAGCCUACUUAAAUAAAAGUAAAAAAAUUAUGAGUGAUUUAUUCAUUCAACAACAUAUGAGAAGACAGUACACAACUCUUUAUUGACCUCUGCUAUGUACUAGGUACUCACCUGCGGUAGGGGGAGCAGGAAGUGGAAAGGGAAGUAUGAGGCAGCUCCAGGCUGGAAGGAAGUGAAGUCUCGCAGUGUUUAAGGACACAAACCAGGACAGCCCACAGGCAACUGAUACAAUGCUGUGUGCUUCUAGAGGAAUCAGGGCAAGUGUGAUGGGGGAGGGGUGUUUGAGCUGCACCAUGGAAGCGUCCAGGUCUCUCUGUGUGCAAAGACCAGCAGGAAGGGCAUUUCUUUCUUUCUCUUUUUCUUUCUUUCUUUUCUUUCUUUUUUUUUUUUUUUUUAAAGAUUUUAUUUAUUUAUUUGAGAGAGAGUGUGCGCCGUGGUGGGGGGACGGUGGAGGGCAGGGGACGGUGGAGGGCAGGGACGGUGGAGGGCAGGCAGACUCGGCUGAGCCUGACCCGGGUCUUGACCUCAUGACCCUUAACUGACUGAGCCACCCAGGUGCCCAGGAAGGGCAUUUCUGAGGGGGGAAUUGUAAGGGCGGAAGAAUGAGCUCUUUGUGCCUCUGUUUCCUUAUGUGGAAAAGUGUAACAUGUCUGCUACAUUUGUUUCUUUUCUUGUUUCUUUUCUUUUCCUGAAAAUGUAUCACGGGUUUAGGAGGCAGAAACAAUGACUAGGAUUUGUAGUACACGAAACUGAAAUGUUCCUGUCUUCCUCUGAAAGACAAGAAUGGGGGCGCCUAGGUGGCUCACUUGGCUAAGCGUCUGCCUUCAGCUGGGGUCAUGAUCCCAGGGUCCCGGCACGGAGCCCCACAUUGGGCUCCCUGCUCA